CAAACUUUGACACAUCUAAGAUAUAUAUCUAAGAUAAAUACUAAGAGUUAUUUGUCAGGUGAUUUUAGACAUUUAAAUUUACUGAAAAGUUAACAUGAACGGCACUAGAAUGAAGUCUAAAGUUGUUCCCCUUGAAGAGUCACACGGGAUAACGGGGUCCUCCAACCAGACGCUGACUUGGAGUUAUGCCAACUACGGAAUGUUCCAAACCGGGAGCCAAGUGCAGCCCCCCGUGGAUCAGUUCGACGGACGCGGAGGCGGAAGUGGCCUUACGAACCUCAUUGUCAACUACCUGCCGAGGGACCUGAUGGAGUCGGAGCUGCGACACAUGUUCUCCAAGUACGGGGAGAUCCGCAAGCACAAGGUCAUCCGCGAUCCCAGAUCGGGCAGAAGUAGCUGCUAUGGGUUUGUGGACUUCGUGUCCGCCCGCCAGGCGGCGGCUGCCCAGAUCUGCCUGGAUGGCCACGUGCUGCGCGGCAAGCGCCUGAAGGUGUCCUACGCCCGUUCCACCGACGACCAGGUCAGGAUCUCCAACCUGUAUGUAUCGCACCUGCCGUCGCACAUGGACGAGCAGAAGGUGCGCGAACUCUUCUCCAGCUACGGCACCAUCCUGGACGUCAAUGUGCUGCGCUACAAGUUCACCAGGAAGCCCCGUGGCGUGGCCUUCGUGCGAUUCGAGAAGCAUCGUGACGCCGAGACGGCCAAAUAUAGCAUGGACGGGUAUCUCUUCAAGGACGCUAUCCGUCCCAUCACGGUCAAGUUCGUGGAUCGCCUGAAAAAGAAGCAGAACCAAGAAACUCGUGGCCCGAAUGAAACCUCUACUGGACUCCAGUUCCAGGACAACCACAAGCCGCCAAACUUCAAGCGCCGCCAGAAUAUGAAGAAUCAGCGCGACGCCAAGCGUCCACGCGGCUAUGGCUCACCCGGUACCGAUUUUACGUAAUUCAAAUAAUCAUAAUGAAUUUAUUUUUUAUUGCCGGAUUUUCAAAAAUAUGUAUUUCCAUUUUGAUAUGGGUUAGACAACCUACGCUAUUCUAUUACAUUUAUAAAA